GUGGAAACGUAGCAAGUAGUGCAUGAAAUACACCGGUCAAAACACUGUAUUAACAUCGAAUAAGUCAACAACCUGUACUUUUUAACAGACGGUUGAUUAAAUUUAAGUUAACUAGUUGUCGUGUGUGUGGAAUAAUGCAUUCUAACUGGAGAGACUGCAAGGCCUGGAAGGAUGAAGGGUCGCCGUGGAACACUACCAGUAAUGAGGCGUGCAAGCUGUUUGAUGCCAGUCUUACACAGUAUGUGGGUUGGUAUGAUGAAAAAUCAGUGGAUGGAAUAGAAAAGUCCUUGGAAAACACUCUUAAAGCUGAUCCGAACUUUGUGAUGGGUCACGUGAUCAAGAAUGGGCUGGAACUUCUUGGUACCGGUACGAAUGUACGGAUCAAUACUAAUCUCGCAAGCGAUAUAGAUACCAUGAUAAAACUGUCCGGGAACCAGACCGGCUUAUCGGAUGGGGAGAAGAAACAUGUCAGCGCUGUGAAACUCUGGUCUGAGGGGGAAAUGUCAGAAGCAUGUAAUGUAUGGGAAGACAUUUUGUUGGACAACCCACGUGACAUGCUCGCGCUAAAAUUUGCUCACGAUACAUACUUUUAUCUGGGUUACUCUGCACCAAUGAGAGAUUCCCUCGCACGGGUGUUCAAGCAUUGGAAGGAAACCACGCCUCUUUAUGGAUAUUUAUAUGGGAUGUACUCGUUCGGUCUUGAGGAAACGAAUCUUUAUUCUGAGGCAGAGAAGAUAGCGAGCAAGGGUCUUGAAAUCAACCGUUGUGACGCAUGGUCGACACACAGCAUGGCGCACGUGCUAGAAAUGAUGGGACGACAAGACGAGGGUAUAAAGUUUAUGUCGGGAACAGAAAAUGAUUGGACUCAAUGUGGGAUGCUGUCAUGUCAUAACUACUGGCACUGGGCCUUACAUCUGAUAGAAAAGAAAGACUACUCCGGUGCUCUUGGUAUCUAUGAUAAACAUUGUUUUGACUCGGUUAAAGCGUCUGGUGCCCCAUUAGACUUCGUAGACGCAUGUUCUUUGUUGAUGCGUCUAGAAAUGGACGGAGCAAAUGUGGAAGGAAGGUGGCAGGAAAUUUACGAGGUGAUUCGACCUCACGUGGACGAUCACGUGCUCACAUUCAAUGACAAUCACAUCCUCUUGGCGUGUCUUGGAGCCGAGAACAAGACGGCAGUGGAUAACUUGAUGACGUCAAUCAAGAAUUGGAUAUUGAACUGGACAGGUGACCAGGUUAGCAUCACCCGUGAGGUUGGUCUAGUUAUAUGUGAGGCUUUUGUAGCAUAUAAAGAGGGAGAUCCUGGAAAGGCUGUUGACCUACUCUACCCACACAGAUACAAAAUUAUCAAAAUUGGCGGAAGUCACGCGCAGAGAGAUAUGUACAACCUGUUCCUAAUACACGCAGCUCUCAGAUCCAAUGAGGCCAAACAUCAUAAACUAGCAAGGUCCCUGCUGGCGGAACGGAAAUCCAUCAAAUCAUGUUCACCAAUGACUGACCGCUUGAUGGCCAGAGCCAUGUCCCUGCACGUUGACUGAGGAUGCAUUUUUCUAUCUAUAAAUAAACAUUAUAUUGUAUAUGCUGAAUAUUCAUAAGUGAAUAUUGUUGAAUAUUCAUAAGUAAUUAUAUAUGUUUUAUAAUAUACUUGUUAAUUAAUGUUUCCAUUAGACGGUUUAUUCUGAAUAUUUAUUAUAAUUUACAUGUUCGUAAAGUGAAUAAAUAAAGAAUGGACAGUUUCAAUCAUA